CAAUUCCAAACCGCUCUCUGACUCACGCCGUGCCCAAAUGCGCAGGAGCAGGGGCCCAUCCUUGUUGCAUGACCGAUGAUACAGAUAAGACAUAUCCGCGUAAAAUUCGCAGCCUUCGCUCUUUGACCUCAACACUGCUCGAACCUCAGCAGUCCUUUCCUACCGCCGAAUCAUUGAGGCAAAUCGCCUCGCAUUGAUGGCACGAUGCAUUUGACACCUCAAUUGGAGGAUUUGGCCAUAGUUCUGACCAUCUUCAUCUUUCUAUUUACAAUUAGCUCAAUCCGGUCUCUCGCGAAGGGCAAUUGGCGGGAGAAAAAGAAUCCCAACCAUGAUCAGGCACUGUACGAAGACGAAGAUGGAGCCGCAAGCACAAAAGCGGCGGAGGAAUUUUCCAACAAGGUCCAAUUUAUUCUCAUCUUUGCUUUUGUCUUGAUAGGAUUAGGGCUCGCCAUUGCAGAUGUUGUCGUCACCGUCAUCGAAGCAAAAUCCAGCACAGCCAGUUCAGAUCCCCAACAUAUCGGGAUAUUCCUGCUCUUUCCAGCAUGGUUCCUUUUGAUAUUGCAACUCAUCAACACCUCUCUCCAGCAAAGGCCGCUCACGCGAUUCAAAAGUGCCAUCUCGAGACUAACAUCAUGCGUCCUCCUUACUGGCCUCGUUUGGAUAUCUCUUCUCGGGGAUGCAGCUCGUGUCACCACAAUCUUGGCAAGCCUCCAAAUGGCCUCAAUUCUCGCCUUGAUGGCCACAAUAUUUUCCAUCAAGAGACGUCCAGUUGUCUUCCGCCCAGAUGGGAAGCUUGUCGACCAACAAUUCAACGUCAGUCUAUGGUCCAGGUACAGCUUCCAGUGGUGCACCGACGUGCUUUCCGCUGCUGGGAAGGAGAAAUUCGGAAACGAGGAUGUACCAGCCGUGAAUCAUAUCGUGAGAUCUGAGAACGCAACGGAGAGAUUCUACAAUAUUGUCAUCAAAGACAGUAUGCCGCUUUGGGUGCAGAUUUUCUGGGCUUUCAGAAGCCAACUUAUCCUUCAGUGGUUGUCGAUACUUUUCUCCAACUUCUUUGAUGUAGCUCCUGCUUUUGCGACGCUGCAAUUGCUGAAGUACCUCGAGACAAGAACAGACCCGAAUGCUAUUGAAGCAGGGUCAUGGAAAUAUGUUGUUGGAAUUGCGGUGGCUUCGAUGAGUUCGCAUAUGGUCGACUCGAGGAUCAUGUGGUGGUCCAUGGCUGACAUCGUCAUUCCGCUUCGAUCUAUCCUUACUGGAGCCAUGUACGCCAAAUUGCUCAAAAUCAACGACUCCAGCGAGCCCCCCGAAGAAGAUUUGUCAAAAACAGAGGAUUCCAAGGCCGAUGAUGCAAAGACAACAGACCAAAAGAACCGAUCGACAUCCCAGCAAGAUGUCGUUAACAUGUUUUCAGUGGACUGCACAGCGAUAGCUAUGUUUGGAGCUCAAAACACUGAGUAUGUCAACUCUGCAGGCAAGCUCAUCGUCACUGUUGCCUUCUUGCUAUUCCUUAUCGGCUGGCAAAGUUUGUGUGCCGGGCUGGUGGGCAUCGCGCUUCUUUUUCCGAUCAACAAAGUUCUUGCAGGACGAUAUGGUAAGAAACAGAAAAAGUUGAUGGAGAUCAGAGAUAAGAGGACAACGAUCACUACGGAAGCGCUCCAUGGAAUCCGGCAGAUCAAAUUCUCUGCGACAGAGAAUCAAUGGACUGAAAAGCUCGAAGCAGUCAGAGAAGAGGAGCUCUCAACGCUCUGGAAAACGAGAGUCGAUAACCUCUAUAUGUCUAUUGCGUCCGAGUUCACCCCUAUCGUGUUGACGGCACUGUCUUUGGCUACAUACUCGUGGGUCCAUGGAAAUUUAUUACCGUCAGUCGCAUUUACAGCCAUCAGUCUGUUCAUCCAGCUUGAAGGCCUCGUAUCCCAUAUUCCCUUCUUGAUGGUCAAAGCAAUAAACGCCAAAGUCAGUUGCGACAGAAUUCAGAACUUUCUUCGCUUGCCGGAGAAGCCCGAGAAUACGUCUCCAGGAGAGUCCAUAUCCUUCUACAGCGCAUCCUUCAGUUUUCCCCACGAUUCUACAGAUCCAACCACAGACUCGUUCGCUCUUCGAGAACUGAACCUCCAAUUCCCCAACAAUGCUCUGAGUGUCAUCUCGGGCCCAACGGGAUCUGGGAAGUCGUUACUUCUUGCAGCUAUUCUAGGUGAGGUGGACCUUCUGUCUGGUUAUAUCCAAGUCCCAAAGUCCACCGGCCAACCCUUCGAUUCCAAAGCCACUGCUGCCAAUUGGGUAAUUCCGACUGCUAUUGCCUUCAUCUCGCAGAUUCCCUGGAUAGAGAAUGCUACAAUCAAAGACAACAUCCUCUUUGGUCUCCCCUUUGAUCCCAUCAGAUAUGAGAAGGUGGUGGAAGCAUGUGCUUUGUCACAAGACCUUGCUAUUUUUGAAGACGGUGACGAAACCGAAGUAGGGGCCCAAGGAAUCAGCCUGAGUGGUGGGCAGAAGUGGCGAUUAACUUUGGCUCGCGCGUUUUACUCCAGAGCUGGAAUUAUAAUUAUGGACGACGUCCUUAGUGCUCUGGAUGCCCAUGUCGGCAAGCAUAUUUUCGACCUUGCAGUCAUGGGUGAACUCGCUGAAGGGAGGACUCGAAUCUUGGCGACUCACCAUACAUCACUUUGUUUACCACGAGCAAAGUACGCCGUGCGCCUUUCAGCUCGUGGAACACUUGAACAUGCUGGCUUGAUCGAAGAGCUUCGCCAGGAAGGGGUCUUGGACGAAAUCCUCAAGGAGGAUGACAUCAUUGAACCCAAGGAGGUGGAGGAGGAUGAGGUGCUUAGGGCGGUGAAGACGAACGGUUCUACCGCUGCAAUCCCGUCAGAAGAUGCUGCUGUGGCCGUGAAGGCAGCACCUAAGAAGCUCAUUGAGGAGGAGAAAAGAGAGACCGGCCGAGUCAAAACUUCAGUCUACGCCGGAUAUCUGCAUGCUUCUGGAGGAUGGCCAUUCUGGUCUUUUCUAGUGCUUCUUUAUGCGAUCGCCGAGGGCUUUACACUGGGUCGCACUUAUUGGGUCAGGAUCUGGUCGAGUUCCUUCGGAGGGGCGGAGACCGAAGCAUCCCUAUCUUUUGCCGCCUCCCAUUAUCAAAAUCACAUCCAGCCACGAUUUCCUGGUCAACAACUCAUCGGUCCUGUUAACUUUACCAACCCCAUCAACUCCACCCUAGCCUCCACGAGCUUCCCGAUCGAGUCUCAAAACCGAAGUCUCUGGUUCUAUCUCGGAAUAUAUUGCUUGAUAUCGACGGUAUCGGUUGUGUUCUCCAUCUUUCGUGUCUACCUGGUCUAUUCUGGCUCUCUUCGAGCUUCCCGCAGAAUCUUCAAAGCUGUAUUGCACAGCGUUCUUCGGGCUCCUCUCCGGUGGCUUGAUACCGUACCCAUGGGACGGGUACUAAAUAGGUUCACUGGAGACUUCACAAGUAUAGAUUCAUCCCUCGCUCAAAACUUCUACUACUUCGCUGGUGUAGUCGCAGAUCUCGCGGGUAUCUUGACAGCAGCUGCUUUUGUUUCCCCAUAUAUAAUCCUUUGCGCAGCAGUUCUACUAACUGUUUGUACCACAUUCGCCAGGAGUUACAUCGCCGCCGCGCGCAAUACAAAACGGCUAGAUUCCACAAACAAAUCCCCGGUCAUAUCGCAUUUUUCCGCAUCUUUGAGCGGUCUAUCAACAAUCAGGGCAUUUGCCAAGUCAUCUGAAUUCAGAAGCCGGAUGUUUACACUCAUCGAUACAUCUGCAUCCUCUGCUUGGUACAACAGCCUGUUUCGAAGCUGGCUUAUGAUCCGCAUCGGUAUUACGGCCGGGCUUUUUGCUGCCAUUGUUGCUACUUUCGUCAUCACUAAGCCUGGCAUCGAUGCUAGUUUGGCUGGCUUUGCCCUUUCAUUUGCCUUGAGUUUUGGCCAUUUUGUCAGCUGGGCAAUUAGCAUUUCUACAAUGAUGGAGCUUGAUAUGAAUGCCGCAGAACGUAUUUUUGAGUACCGAGACUUAAUAACCGAGGAUCAAGGUGGGGAGGAAGUACGAGCUUCCUGGCCUGAGGAGGGUAAGGUUGUAGUCAAGGAUUUGGAGCUUGGGUACGCUGAAGGCCUCCCUUCUAUUUUGAAAGGGUUGAGUUUUACUGCCGAGAAGAAUCAGAGGAUUGGCGUUAUUGGCAGGACGGGAGCAGGAAAAUCAACCUUAUCCCUCGCCCUCUUCCGCUUCCUACAGCCCCGCAAAGGUAGCAUUUCCAUCGACGACGUCGACAUUUCCACAAUCAAGCUUCACAACUUACGCACUCGACUCGCAAUUAUUCCCCAAGACCCUGUCCUUUUCUCUGGAACCAUCCGUUCAAACCUCGAUCCCUUCAACGAGUUCAGCGACUACCAACUCCGCGAAGCCCUGAUGCGUGUCCAUCUGAUACCAUCCACAACCCAUACCCCCAACCCUGAAUCUACAUUCCCAGAAUCAUCAACCGCAAGUUCCACCACAGCCUUCGUCCAACCAGCCGAGAAUAAGAAUAUCUUCCUAUCUCUGACAGCGCCGAUUGCAUCAGGAGGAUCCAAUCUCUCGCAAGGCCAAAAACAACUUCUCUGCCUGGCACGGGCGAUUCUUUCUCGGCCCAAGGUCCUAUUACUAGAUGAGGCAACCUCCGCCGUUGACAUGUCUACUGAUCUUCUUAUCCAAGAAUCUAUUCGCAAUGAGUUCACUAAUACUACUUUAUUGGUUAUUGCUCAUCGAUUGAGUACAGUGUCAGAUUUUGACAAGAUAUUGGUUAUGAAAGAUGGCAUGAAUGCUGAGUUUGGGAGCCCGAGGGAGUUGUUGGAGAAGGAAGAGGGAUUGUUUAAGGGGAUGGUGGAACAGAGUGGGGAGAAGGAGGAGUUGGAGAAGAUGAUUUUGGCGGGUGGGAUGUAGCGGUUUUUGUCCACAGACAUAAUCAUGUUAAAGGCUCAUUGAUGUAGAGGCGAUCCGCCCAGAUGUGUUGGGGAACGGUCACGCGUGUAUUACCUGUUGUAGAAUUUCAACUAGAGGUUCAGUUUUUGCCCAUGUGUUAAGGGUGUUUAUGAAAAGAGGUACCGAGGCCUUCAACCCCUGUACUGCCAAAACCCCGAUUUUUCAUGACAUUCGCAUUCGC